AUGGCUCAAGCAAACUUACAAGAUCUUCUUUCCAAAGUCAAUGUGACGGCCGCUUUAGAUAUCGAGGGGAACGUUCCCUUGCAAAGCGUUCAGCUUGAUGGACUGGUAGUAUUAAAAAUAAUCAAACACUGUCGAGAGUUUUUUCCGAAUUCCGUUACUGGCCAACUCCUUGGUCUUGACAUGGCCGGAGUGUUGGAAAUAACAAAUUGCUUUCCAUUUCCUGGAUCGAAACCUGACGAUGAGAACGAACAACUCGAUGGUGCCCACUACCAAGCUGAGAUGAUGAGGUGUCUGAGAGAUAUUAAUGUAGAUCACAAUACUGUUGGGUGGUAUCAGUCUACUUAUCUUGGGCCAUUCGUUACUCAUAAGUUAAUCGAAACACAGUAUAACUACCAGCAAACAUUAAACAAUCAGAGCGUCGUGAUUGUCCACGAUGUAUCCAGGUCAACUCAUGGUAAUAUCUCAUUACGAGCAUUCAGAUUAACUCAAGCAUUUAUGGAGGCACAGAAGGAAGGAAAAUUCAGCAGCGAAUCGCUUAUAAAGAACAAGCUUACAUUUUCAAAUAUAUUGGAAGAGCUGCCAAUUACAAUCAAAAACUCUCACCUCGUGACUGCGCUGCUAUACUCUCUGGAUGAAGUUCCACCAGUGCCCAAGAAUCUCGAUGCCAUUGAAGGUCCACUUAGACCCAACUUUGAUACAUUAGAGUUGAGUCUCGAUCCCUAUAUCGAGAAAAAUUUAGAGUUUCUACUCGAAGCGGUAGACGAGAAUUCGCAGGAACAGAGCAAUUUCGCAUUCUGGCAAAGAAGCUUGGCGAGGGAACAAGCUAGAUUACAAGGGGCUCUACAAAGAAGGAAACAAGAAAAUAUUCAGCGCCAAGCAGCCGGACAAGAUCCGCUUCCCGAAGACGAUAUAAUAAGACAAUUUAAACUACCACCGGAACCUCCCAGACUUGAUUCCUUGUUAAUAACAUCACAAAUUAAUAGUUAUUGUAAACAAUUAAACCAAUACGCCGGGCCCACGUUGGGGAAACUGUUUGUAGUUAAUGAGUUACAAAAGUAA